CUUUUGUAUAUAUAGCGGUGUAAUGGCCAUUUUGGAAUCAGUACCAACUACAUCUUGCUUUAAUAACUCACUAGUUUGUUUUUAAGCUCCUGUUGUAUUUUAAGUAACAGCUCAACUAUGCGAAUGCUCCUAGUAGUGUGUCUCGCCUUGUGCGUGACAUUGGGUUAUUGUGGUGAGGAACCAGCUGCCAAGGCUGCUCCAGAGGAGACCAAAGCCGAGGAAAAGGAGUCAGAACAAGCUGAAUCGUCAAAUAUUGAAAAGCGUGGAUUGUACGGCUCAUUGGGUGAUUACUCCUUCGGAGGUCAUGAACAUCAUGAACACAUCAAGACGGUGACUAUUGAGAAGAAAAUCCCAGUCCCAUACACUGUAGAGAAGCACGUUCCAUACACUGUUGAACGUAAAGUUCCAUAUGAAGUGAAAGUUCCAGUUCCACAACCCUACAUUGUUGAAAAGAAGGUACCAUACACCGUCAAGGAAUACGUCAAAGUACCUGUCCAUGUGCCCAAACCAUACGAAGUCAUCAAGAAGGUCCCAUAUGAAGUUAAGGUACCAGUAGACAAACCUUAUGAAGUCAAGGUCCCAGUUCCACAACCCUACGAAGUCAUCAGGAAGGUUCCAGUUGAAGUCAAGGUCCCAGUACCACAACCCUACGAAGUCAUCAAGAAGGUUCCAUAUGAAGUCAAGGUUGAAAUUCCAGUUCCAAAACCAUACGAAGUCAUCAAGAAGGUUCCAGUCGAAGUUAAGGUACCAGUCGAUCGUCCAUACCCAGUUCAUGUGCCAAAACCAUACCCAGUCGAAGUUGAAAAACCAUACCCAGUUGUCGUAGAAAAGAAGGUACCCUAUGAAGUCAAGGUUCCAGUUGACAAACCAUACAAAGUGUACGUCGAGAAGCCAUACCCAGUCCACGUAAAGGUCCCCGUCCCACAACCAUACACUGUCAUCAAGAAGGUACCAUACACUGUUGAAAAACCAGUACCAUACGAAGUUAAAGUACCAGUUGACAAGCCAUACCCAGUCUACUCGGAAGUCAAAGUGCCCGUCCACAAGGAAAUCCCAGUACCAGUAAAAUAUCCAGUUCAUGUACCAAUCAUUUCCCAUCACGACGACUAUCACCACUAAAGCACUAUCGCAAGGUUCGCAAUAAUUGUUGAGCUGAGGAGUUCUGUUGGUUCUUUUUUUUCUAAUCUCUUCCUAAAAAUUCUUAAUGAAAUCAACGCAUCUUACUAAGCGCCACAAAGAGUCUAACGCUCGCUAAAAAAA